CUUCUUCCUCUCUCAUACACGAACUUUAACCACACAUCACCAAUAAACCAACUCUACUCUCUUACACCCCCAGAAUACUCUGGACGACGAUCGUUGAUUCUAUAUAUUACUAUCCUGGUACUAUAACCGCCGCUCGUUAAUUGUUGAUCGUUAAUUUCCUUUAUCUACCCCAGCCGUCGCCACUGACAACCUGCCCACCCUGCACCGCAUCGAGAGACCACAACAAUUUAGAUUAGAUUAAUUGCGGUAGGACAUCCCCCUCGAAACUGACAUACAAUACCCUCAAAUACCCCAUUGUCGUCGCUGGUCGGGGACAUCACACAUUCGCUCAACUACUACUACCGAAUAAUACACCUUACAACCGAAUCAAUUGACUUCGAAACGAGAGAACACGACACUCCAAACCACACCCCUUUCUUAUCGCCGAAAUUUGGCAACACGCAUACCUUCCCAGCAAACUCACGCAAUACUCCUCACAACACCGCAGCCAUGAAUAUCAACAAGCGCCUCGAUCGCGUGAAGCAAUGGGCCGGCGAGAAGAUCGGCGCCGAGUCCAAGACGAGCGUGUCUGAUGAAUUCCGCAGUCUCGAGACCGAGAUGCAGCUGCGCCAUGACGGCAUGGACAAGAUGCACAAAUCGACCACCGCAUACAUCAAGUCGCUAUCGAAGCGCGACGAAGGCGACGACAGGGAGAAGGUCCUCCCGGUUGCGCGAUUGGGACAGACCCUCGCGAACCACGGAGAUGAUUUCGAGCCCGAUUCCGAGUUUGGGAAUUGCCUCAUCGCAAUGGGACGCACAAACGAACGCAUCGCCCGCGUUCAGGAAACCUACACCGCAUACGCCACAACCGGCUGGCUCGAAUCCCUCGAGCGCUCCCUCGUGCAGAUGAAGGAAUACCAAGCCGCGCGCAAGAAGCUCGAGGGCCGCCGCCUCGCCUACGACGCCUCGCUGUCCAAGAUGCAGAAGUCGAAGAAGGAGGACUUCCGCAGCGAGGAGGAGCUGCGCUCGCAGAAGGCGAAGUAUGAGGAGUCCAGCGAGGACGUGUUCCGUCGUAUGCAGGAUAUCAAGGAGGCGGAGGAGGAUAGCGUGGCUGAUCUGGGCGCGUUUCUCGAUGCGGAGCUCAAGUACUACGAUCGUUGCCGCGACGAGCUGAUGCGUCUCAAGCGCGAGUGGCCUGCUGCCCAAAAAUGUGCCCAGUCAACCACCCGCGCCAACCGCUCCCGCUCAAACACCGCACACUCCUACAAAGAGCGCUAUGCUUCCCACGAAGACCCAAUCCCCGAACUCGAGCGCCCCGCCAUCCGCUCCUCCAGCCGCGUCCCCUCAGUCACCUACCUCUACCCAACGACCUCGCACGAAGCCCCCCCUCCCCUCCCAUCCAACCGCCCCCAUCUGGCGCGUUCGCACACCAUCGAGUCCCCGAGACGCGACAUCACGCCUCCCGGCCGACAAGCCUCGUUUGCGAGCGACGCUGGGGUAGCGAGGGAUAGGCUUAGGCCGACGAGUCGCAUUCGCACGGCGGAUUUGUUUGGAGAUCCGAGUGAUGACUCGGCGGCAUAUAGUGGGACGGAUCGCUCGCCGAGGGCGGGGAGUGUGAGUCCUGGUACGUCGGCGGGGAGUGGGGGGGAUGUGUCGAGGAAGGGGAGCUGGACGAAUUUGAGGGGGGGUGUCAAUGGGGGAGGGGUGAAUGGGAAUGGGGGGCAGGGGGUGGUGAAGAAGGGACCGCCGCCGCCGCCGCCGUCGAGGGGGAGGAAGAUUGCGCCGCCGCCGCCGCCGCCAAUGAAGAGGGAGAAUUAGAGGCCGUGGGUCCGAGUAAUCUGGGGUUGGGGGUUUACUACUUGUUUGUUGUCAAGAGGCUACGCUUGUUCUGCGGCCUUGUGGGGGGUUUUUUUUUGUCUAUUUUUGUAAUUUUUGGCGGGAUUUGGGCUGGACCAUACUGUACCUCAACGCGAGGAUGGGUGGCUUUUUCUUUUAAUGGGUGCGGGUUGUUGGUGGGAUUUGUACUGUACAAUAGCCUAUGGGCUCCUGAGAAUGCGGCGAGUGAGUUCGCAUGGGAUGUGAGAAGGGAGUGAAGAGACCUUUUGAGGGGGUGGAUGCGUCAGAGAUAGGGACCUACUAUGAUAGUAACUUCUAUUACAUGAACCUGUUCAGAAUAUGCAUACAUGCGCGGCA